ACCAGAAAACAGAAAAUUCCACAUUAUUGAGGAAACCGACCAUGUCUAUCACCAUCUUCAUGCUGUGUUUGUACCUGAACAUAGCUUAUUCCGACAAGAACAUGAGUGAUGUCGGAUUCAUGUUUGAUGGAUUCUUCAAGUUGGGAGCGGCCAGUGAUCAGGAGCUCAAAAAUUCCAACAUGUCAACACACGAAAUACAUGCCGAUGGUGGCCGAAGUGAAGCUGCGCAAGUCUUUUACAAUCUUCCUCUUCAAUUCAAGAAUUCCAAUACUACUUCUGUCUUCUCUUUCUCCACCACUUUCAUCUUUGCAAUAGUAGCCACCGAUCCUAAAUUUCAUGGCCAUGGACUCGCCUUCGCUAUCUCGCCUACUAGAUUUAUACCUCAAGCUCAGCCAAACCAAUAUCUUGGCCUCUUCAACGGCACCUCCGAUGGUCAAAGUUCCAAUCAUAUUGUAGCAGUAGAGCUCGACACUGACCAGGACUUUCAGUUUGGUGAUAUUGAUGAUAACCAUCUUGGUAUUGAUAUCAAUAGUUUGGAAUCUGCCAAUCAAUCUUCUGCAGGUUAUUAUACUGAUCGUGGUCUCUUCAGAAAGAUAGAUCUCUCAAGUGGAGAACCGUUUCAGGUUUGGGUUGAAUAUAAUAGUACAGAUCAGAAACUCAGUGUUACAAUUCAUCGAAUAAACAUGCCUAAACCUGAGACCCCUCUUGUCACACUGAAAAGAGAUCUUUCUUCUUAUUUCUUUGAGGUUAUGUAUGUUGGAUUCACAUCCUCUAGCGGGUCAAAUUCAUCUCAUUAUAUAUUGGGUUGGAGUUUCAGGAUGAACGGUCAAGCUCAGGAGAUUCAUCUUUCUCGCCUUCCUGACAUUCCUGGACUUUUAGAUCCAAAUGACAUGGGUGGAGGUGGGAGAGUCCACAAGAAAAUGUUGAUAACUAUAUUAUCACUAGUGGGUGCUGUUAUCUUUCUAAUCUUGAUCUAUGGUGUGGUUAUGAUUAUAAGGAGAAGAAAAUUCAUUCAAGUUCUGGAAGAUUGGCAAAUCUUGUAUGGGCCUCAUAGGUUCACUUACAAGGACUUAUUCAUUGCAACAAAAGGUUUUAGAGAGGGUCAACUUCUUGGCAGAGGUGGUUUUGGUAGGGUAUACAAAGGAAUUCUACCAUUUUCCAAUGUUCAAAUUGCAGUGAAAAGAAUUUCUCAUGAUUCAAAACAAGGGAUGAAAGAAUUCGUGGCAGAAAUCUCAACCAUCGGCCGUCUCAGGCAUCCAAACUUGGUAAGACUUCUUGGUUACUGCAGAAGAAGAAAAGAACUAUUCUUAGUCUAUGACUAUAUGCCUAACGGAAGUUUGGACAAGUUCCUUUACCGAUUGCCCAACAACAACAUACUCAACUGGAAACAUAGAUUCAAGAUCAUCAAAGAUGUGGCUUCUGCACUCUUAUAUCUUCACCAGCAAUGGGUUCAGGUUGUCGUCCACCGAGACAUCAAAUCAGCCAAUGUACUGAUUGACAAUGACAUGAAUGCUAGACUUGGAGAUUUUGGCCUGGCCAAGCUAUGUGACCAUGGAAAUGAUCCUCAAACAUCUCAUGUUGCAGGAACUCCAGGCUACAUAGACCCAGAAAUUGUGCAUAGUGGAAAAUCAAGCACAGGUACUGAUAUCUAUUCAUUUGGGGUUUUGCUGUUAGAGAUUGCUUGUGGAAGAAGGCCAGUCGAAACUCAGACUUCACCGGAGAAAGUGUUGUUGAUCGAAUGGGUUUUGGAUUGCUGGGAUAAAGGAGACAUUUGUGAAGUAGUGGAUAGCAGAUUAGGAGGUGAAUAUGUGGUGGAUGAAGCUAAAUUGGUGCUUACACUUGGCUUGCUUUGUUCACAUCCUAUUGCUUCAGCUAGGCCUACUAUUUCUAGUAUUGUGCAAUUCUUAGAUGGAGAUUCUCAGUUGCCUGAUUACUUAUUGGAUUUAAUCAAGUCUAGAAAUUUCGGUGGUUGGUCUGGUCAAGCCAAUUCUUCAUUAUCCUCUAAUUUUCCUACUGCCCAAACUUCUAUUGCUUCUUUGACUUUUACAGAACCAUUUGCCUCCUCCGGCCGCUAAUACAUUAAGUAUGUGUAAAUAAAGAAAAUUAUAGGAACGUCGAUUCCGGUAGCAGCAGCGUUGGUGCCCACCACAAGCAAUCGUUCACUCUCAAUGAUGUGGCGGCAAAAUGGGGUUUGGGGGAGAUGGAGACAUCACAGCACGGGAAAGGACAAAGUUAACAGGGUCUGCGUGAUUUUUUUUAGUGAAUUGUUUUAUUUAUUUAUUUUUCUAUUUUUGCCUUACACAAAAAUUUGCCACGUCAGAUUAAAAUGCUCUUGCGCUGUUGAGUUGUGAUUGGCCAGUCCACAAAUGAGGUGGCAUUCCAGGUUCAUAU